GUAGAAAUAAAAACACAUGGCUUUUCACCUUUUCCAUCAACCCAAACCUCUGAAACCUCGCCCAAUGUGAAUGGACUGAGGAGGAAUCCAUCGACCGGGUAAUCCAUUCUCGCCGGCCCGGCCUUGAUCAAGAUGUGGGCCCGCCCACUGAUGGGUCGAGCCCGGUCCCACCCUCGACUCCGCGGAAUGCCAGGUCUGAGCACGGCUGGGCCUCACGCGGUGGAUCCGGGGGCCCAACGAAUCCGGGUGUCGGCCGACGCCAAGCAAAAUUGGAUCGAUUCCUUGCGUCUCUCCGUGAAGGCUGGUCAUGGGGGCAAUGGUUGGCCCAUCAUGGGUGGGGUGGGUGGGCGGGGCGGGCAUGUCAUUCUCGAGACGGGCCCCGUCCAUGGUCCGGCGCCUAACCUAUUGAAAGUCCACCAACGUUUGCCGAAGGGGCGGGGCCGAUUAACGGGUGAUUCGGGUGGCCAUGCCUCGAAAUCGCGAUUAGUGGGUGGUGAAGGGAAAGACGUGGUCUUAUCCAUUCCGCCGGGUGUGUCCAUCCUGAAUGAGGCGGGACGCGAGAUUAUGGACAUGGACCAGCCGCACAUGCGACUGAUUGUGGCGAAUGGAGGGGCGGGGGGUUGUAAAGACAACCAUUGGUUCGGGCAACCCGGUCAAAAACAUGUGAUUCGAGUGGAUUUGAAGCUCAUUGCCGAUGUGGGCCUAGUCGGAUUUCCUAAUGCGGGCAAGAGUACCUUUCUCAAGGCCAUCAGUCGGGCCAAUCCGAAGAUUGCAGCCUAUCCGUUCACCACCAUUCAGCCCAAUCUUGGGCAUAUCAAUUAUUCAGACACUCGUAUUGUGAAAGUGGCGGAUUUACCCGGGUUAAUCGAACGAGCCCAUCAAAACGUGGGUAUGGGACAUAGGUUUUUGAAGCACGUGGAACGUACCCGGCUACUGCUCUUUGUCAUUGACGUCAAUGGGUUCAGAUUGAACCCGAGCUAUCCCUUCCGAACGGCCUUUGAGACGGUAGCCUUGCUUAAUCGCGAGAUUGAAUUGUAUAAUAGCGACAUUCUGAGUAAACCGGCGGUGUGUGUCGUGAAUAAGAUGGACGUGCCCGGCUCGGGUGAGAAAUUAGACGAGUUCCUCAACCAAAUGAAAGACUAUGCGUCACAUUUAGCGGGGCUACCCGAAGAACUACGACCGGAAAAAGUCAUUCAGUUUGAGGAAAUCAUUCCGAUGUCGGCCAAGCGGAGUCCCAAGUCCAUUAAAGGAGUGAAGAAUAGAUUGCGAUUUCACCUGGACGAACUAAAUAUGCAAUCACAGAAGGAAGCUAUUCAAGAGGGUUUGGCUAAAAUUGACCAUCUCAUCGAAGGUCAAGGCCCUCAAGUGUCGUGAUAGAAAUAAAAAAAAAACCGCUUUGACUUGUGA